AUGGAUGGAGACAAAAUCACUGAUCUAAAAUCUUGUUGGAAGCAAUCUCCUUUAGAUUUAGUUAAAACUAAGGAAGCCGACAACAGAUCAACUUUUCAAAAUAACGGAAAUAGACGAGGUUCUCUACAAUUAUGGCAAUUUUUAGUUGCUCUCUUGGAUGCACCAGAUGCAAGUGCUGGGUGCAUAGCUUGGACAGGAAGGGGAAUGGAAUUUAAACUUAUUGAACCGGAAGAAGUUGCUAGAAGAUGGGGAGUGCAAAAAAAUCGUCCUGCAAUGAAUUACGACAAAUUAAGUAGAUCUCUUAGAUAUUAUUAUGAAAAAGGAAUUAUGCAAAAAGUUGCUGGAGAAAGAUACGUUUAUAAAUUUGUCUGCGACCCAGAAGCACUCUUUAACAUGGCCUACGGAAACAGCGUGGAAAAUCAGAUUGCAAAUAGAAUGGAUCCUUACAAUAAUAAAACGGAAGUUUCUCACCAUUUGUCUUAUUCCGAAAUGCUCAACUUCUACAAUUGCGGCAUCAGUCAUCAGUAUCAUCCACAUUUGCAUCCAUACAUACAAGAAACCAAACGAUAUUCUUAAAUUAGUAUAAAUAAACUAUUAUUAUUUAGGUAUAACAACUUA